CGCCGGCAGCUGCUCCGCGCGGAGUGGGAGACGGAGCCCGAGCCUGAGCGCGAGACGGGCUGAGACGGCUGCGAGGCGGCCCCGCCCCGGGGCUCCAUUGUUGCGGCGACUCCGGCUCUGCGGGCUGCUCGGCUCCGUCUCGCUCGGCCAGGGCACCUCCGGCAAGGAGUGAGCGCUGCCCGGGAGGCGGCCUGAGCAAUGGAAGAGUUAAUCGUUGAACUUCGUCUCUUUCUUGAACUCCUGGACCAUGAAUAUCUAACCUCAACUGUCAGGGAGAAAAAGGCAGUUAUCACAGACAUCCUGCUGAGGAUACAGUCAUCCAAAGGUUUUGAAGUGAAAGAUCAUGCUACGAAGCCAGAGACCCCCAACAGCCUGCCGGCCCCUCCCCAGAUGCCUCUGCCAGAGAUCCCGCAGCCGUGGCUGCCGCCUGACAGCGGGCCACCGCCGCUACCGACAUCCUCUCUCCCGGAAGGCUACUACGAGGAGGCCGUGCCGCUGAGUCCCGGGAAGGCUCCGGAAUACAUCACCUCAAAUUAUGACUCAGAUGCAAUGAGUAGCUCUUACGAAUCAUACGAUGAAGAGGAGGAGGAUGGAAAGGGGAAGAAAACGCGGCACCAGUGGCCCUCGGAGGAGGCCUCCAUGGACCUGGUAAAAGAUGCCAAGAUCUGUGCCUUCCUGCUGCGGAAGAAACGCUUCGGGCAGUGGACCAAGUUACUCUGCGUCAUCAAAGACACCAAACUACUGUGCUACAAAAGCUCCAAGGACCAGCAACCCCAGAUGGAACUGCCGCUCCAAGGCUGCAACAUUACAUACAUCCCAAAAGACAGCAAAAAGAAGAAGCACGAAUUGAAAAUUACUCAGCAGGGCACAGACCCCCUUGUUCUCGCUGUCCAGAGUAAGGAGCAAGCCGAGCAGUGGCUGAAGGUGGUCAGAGAGAUCUACAGCGGCUGCAGCGGGCCAGCAGACUCUGAAUGUCCUCCCCCCUCCAGCUCCCCGGUGCACAAGGCAGAACUGGAGAAGAAACUGUCUUCAGAGAGACCAAGCUCAGAUGGGGAGGGUGUUACAGAAAAUGGAAUUGCUGUGUGUAACGGAAAAGAACAAGUUAAGAGGAAAAAAAGUUCCAAAUCAGAGGCCAAGGGAACUGUGUCUAAAGUCACUGGGAAAAAAAUCACCAAGAUCAUCGGUUUGGGAAAGAAAAAGCCCUCGACUGAUGAACAGACCUCCUCAGCGGAGGAAGAUGUGCCUACUUGUGGCUACCUGAACGUGCUCUCCAACAGCCGCUGGCGGGAGCGCUGGUGCCGCGUCAAGGAAAAUAAGCUCAUCCUCCACAAGGACAGGGCCGACCUGAAGACCCACAUCGUCUCCAUCCCGCUCCGCGGCUGCGAGGUCAUCCCGGGGCUGGACUCCAAACACCCCCUGACGUUCCGGCUGCUUCGCAACGGCCAGGAGGUGGCCGUGUUGGAGGCACCUUCUUCAGAAGACACGGGCAGGUGGAUUGGGAUUUUGCUGGCUGAGACGGGGUCCUCCACAGACCCUGGGGCCCUGCACUACGACUACAUAGACGUGGAGAUGUCGGCCAAUGUCAUUCAGACGGCCAAGCAGACCUUCUGUUUCAUGAACAGGCGUGUUCUGUCCACUAACCCAUAUGUAGGGAGCACCGCCAAUGGCUACGCACACCCCAGCGGGACGGCGCUGCACUACGACGACGUCCCCUGCAUCAGCGGCUCGUGGGGACCCGACGGUGGCUUUCCCGCUCCCCGUGGCCGAGGCCUGGGAGAAGAGGCGCUCUAUGAUAACGCGGUCCUGUACGAUAACUUGCCGUCUCCGAAAAUCUUUGCUCGCUACCCUCCUGCUGACAGGAAGGCCACUAGGCCACCUCCUGACAAGCUGUCCUGUAACCACUACAAACACCCUGCCUCUUCCGGUCCGCCAUCCUCCCCGUCUGUCACUAACACCUCUUCUCUGGGGAGGGCAUCUCUCGGGCUCAGCUCACAGUUGAAGGGUAAAAAGCCGCCCCCUGUGGCGUCCAAUGGGGUUACGGGAAAAGGCAAGACUCUGAGCAGUCAGCAAAAAAAAGCUGAUUCAGCGGCUGGCGUGAAGCGGACGCCUUCAAAUGCUGACCAGUACAAAUAUGGCAAGAACCGGGUGGAAGCGGAUGCCAAGCGGCUGCAGGCCAAAGAGGAGGAGCUGCUGAAGAGGCGGGAAGGCCUGCGGGAGAGGCUGGCCCAGCUGCGGAAGGAGAGGAAGGGCCUGAGGGCCGCCAUCGAAGUCAACACCGGCAGGAAGACGCAGGUGAUCCUGGAAGAGAAGCUGAAGAAGCUGGAGGAGGAGUGCAGACAGAAGGAGACGGAGCGCGUCAACCUGGAGCUGGAGCUGACCGAGGUCAAGGAGAGCCUCAGGAAAGCCCUGGCCGGCGGGAUCACCCUGGGGCUGGCCAUCGAGCCCCGGUCGGGGACGUCGAGCCCGCAGUCUCCAGUUUUUAGGCACCGGACUCUGGAGAACUCGCCCAUGUCCAGCUGUGAGACCAGUGAUGCAGAGGGCCCAGUGCCCGUGAACAGUGCGGCCGUCCUGAAGAAGAGCCAGCCGGCCCCCGCCAGCUCCCCCUGCCGGGGACACGUGCUUCGGAAGGCCAAGGAGUGGGAGCUGAAGAACGGGACAUAGAGCUCGCGGACGCCCAGCUCACACAGCGUCGUCCCAUCGCGUGACCGCAGGGAGCUGGCCCGGGGGCUCCAGCAGCAGGACUCGGGUUUUGCGGCCGGACCAGGACCCAGGACCUGGGUGCCAGGACCCAGACCUGCCCGCUGUAUCCUCUCUACUGUAUAAUGGUUCCCUUUAAAGAGAUUUACUUGUAACACUUUGGCUUCCAACUUCAUUUGUUUAAAGUCAGAAAAGGGACGGAAGGUAUUGUGAGAGCCUCCCCUGGCGGAUGGAGAAGCUGCAUCUUCCCACCCAGGUAAAUGAUUGUUUUCACCAGUCUCAGCACUCCCACCCCAGACUGAAGAUGAACGGCCAACGGGCCCUGGACGUGCUCCGCGCCUCCGGCGGGGGUGUGAGUGUGAGGCGUGGGCAUUGGGCUGCCCGCCCCUCGGCCAGGAGGAUCCGGGGAUGUCGCUGCAGCGUGAACAGCAGGAAGUCGCACCCCAAGUCUCCGCGUCCCUCUCCCCACAUGCCCGGCCCCCUCAUCACUAGGGGUAACGGCGAGACAGAAUUGUGCUGUGAAGCAUUUUUUACCUUUUCUAAAAAAAUUUUCUGGACAGAUGCUUCUGUCACCAGGACAUGAAAAGCUGCCACUCUUCUUUAAACUUUAAAAAAUUUUCUCUUUUUCUCCUGUGUCACGCUUAGCUCCAAGGGUUUUUCAGAGAUUCUGUAUCAUAUUGUGUUCUUUGUACUGCUUUUGAAAGGCCCCAGAGUGUUUUUGAUACUUCACGCAUAUGUGUCCUUUCCGGCUUUUCCCAGCAUCCAAACCCCUUCUACCCCUUCAGAGCCAGCGGGUGGUCCUCAGAGACCUGGUCGGCCUCGGGGUGAUGGUCAUACUCAUUCCCGAGGGGCGCGUAUGCCCUUUGAAAGGCAGCAGGUUCUGGGAACUGUGCAGCUUUAGGGCAAAAGAAGGACCCCCGAGAGCUUCUCUCCCAGCCCCGCCCCUGUGACCCGCCAGGGGACUUGGUUUACUGUUUCCCUCGGGCGCGGCCGCCAGCCAGGGCCUCUCUGAGUUUCCCCGUUUGCCUCCAGAGGGAUGUUUCUCGAAGCCUUCAGACACUAAGGCGUGAAGGGGACAGGCCAGUUCACAGGUAGAGGUAAUGUGGGUCCAAGAACCAGGCCGGCUCUCCUCUGUCUGCAGAGGGACCUCUCAGGAAUUCUCCUUGUGCAGCCACUGCCCAGAAAAUAUAUCUGUCACCCCGGAGCCCUCUGCAGACUGACCGAUGGGACCAAAUCACACGCGGGGAUGGGCUCUCUCUGCCUGCAGCUGGUGCAGGCCUGCCGUCCUCUGCUUCUCAUCAGAUACGGGAGCAGGAAGCAAGAAAACAGUGCGCCUGUGAGCACAUCCCGGGGCGGCCACGGCUUCCGCAGGCCUUGCCAGUCAGGGUUGGAGUGGCCCUCGAGGCCAGCACGGGCCCCGUUUGGUUUCACUGACCAGAGCCGGAGUGCGAUCUCGGCAGCUAAGAAAGUUCUGCCACAGGACCUGUAGGCUGUUUAGCUGGAGUCCACCUGAAACCUGGAUUUGUUGCAAAGCCGUCUGCCAGGUCCGUGGGUUGCCCGCUGGCGGCCUCACGCGCAAGGUCCUUCUCUGCUGUUUACAGGAUGGUGGGGGGGGGUCGCAUCUCACCUGCACAUAGCACGUUGGGCCCCCCAACCCUGACCCCGGGAAAUCCAAGUAGGAAGUGGGGAGCCAGGGGCCUCCCCAAGCCUCAGGCCCAUCUUCCCGGCCCUGCUGGGGAGGAGGAGCCCCUCUCCCCAUGUUCUUCCAUCAGCGUAGGAAGCUGGCAUCAUAGGAAGCUAAUUUUCUGUAAAGGGGAAAAGUGUGAUCUUCGCUGCCUUCCAGUCAAAUGAAUGUUCUCCAAAUAAGGCUCUCAGGCUAUUCUGGUUGGCAGCCAACUUAGCCCACGACAGCAGCCAGAUUUGGAUUGUUGCUCAGAAGGGAAGACAUGACCUUAGCCCGGGAGCAGAUGGGCACAGGUGGGUGGGCCGUUAGCAGAGGUCACCGCAAAUGUCACCUCGACCAUCGCUGUGGGUCACGCCCAAGGACACAGCCAACUGGUGCCAGAGCCAGGAUUUGGACCCUGGCCUUAAGACUCCUGGUGUACAUAUUUUGUGCUUAAAAACACCAGGUUUUUAAAUUCACUUUCACAGCCAUAAGCCUUUUAAAGAGGAUGGUGGAUUCAAUCCUGUUACGUCCCCCGGAGCCAUUUAAAACGGCCCCGUGGAAGCCAAGGCCGCCAGCGUCGGACUCCUUUGAUGCCCUCGAGGUGUUCCCCUCGAUGUCUUUAGAUUUGAUCAGAAAGUUAGUUUAAAGCAUUUGCUUCAAAAUAAGUUAUUUAUUUGUAUAUGUUCAAUAAAUAUAGUUUUUAAUUUAUAUCUGUACAUAUUAGACACACCGUGGACGUCCUGCCAGCAUCCGGACAGUGGUCUCAUUACCCCCUUAGAUGUGCCCCAGGGACCUGCGCCCCUUAUCUCAGGGCAGCUGGGAGACAGCAGUGACAGAGCCGGGCUGCGGGGGUGGCCCGGGCUCGGCCCUCGCUCUGGGGUGCAGGUCACCAUCCCCUGGGAGAAGUGGAUUCUUGAGAAAUGUCCCCAUUCCUCUGACAGACAGUCAUGGUCGCAGAGUGCUGGCCAAACUGUAACAGGAUCCUAACCGAAAUGAGACCCAUGUGGUGGCCCAGCCAGGGGCUGGCGUGAGGCUGCCACCCUCUGCAGGCCAUGAGGCCCUUCCCGUAGCACGGGGGCCGCCAUCAACCUCAGGCCUCUGCUUCCGGCUUUGGGAAGGGGUCAUCGACUUCAAAGUCCUCUCCAUUUUUAUAUUUUUAUAAUGUUUUUCAUUCACUCACCAACCUUUUGCACAGAGAUACAUUGAUGGUGAGAGGGCGCGCUGUGUCACCCCCAUCGUGGGCUCAGGUGGAGGUGACCACCCCCUGCCCGGAUGCCGCAGACGGUCGGCCAGGGCCGGGGAGCCAGCAGCCCUCCCGCCCGGCCCCGGGACGGUCCUCUGCGGGGACCCGGUGGGUCUGGGGAUGCUCCCAGCCGCUGGGCCUCCGCACAGCGGUUUGCCCGGGGCUCUUCUCCUGGCCGCAUGUGUAGAGCUAGUCGUGGCCCCUCGGUUCAGGCACCGUGGCGUUGUCCAGCUUGACCAUCCACCUUAUUCAUCUCGCUGGUCCCUGAGUCAUUUUGGGCUCCUUCUGAAAACCCGAGACGACUCGGAUAGGUUGGAAUGUGCCACCUUUGAAAAGUCUGUCUCAAAAACCGUGUGGCCUGGGCCCUGAAGACCGCCCCCAGGGAGGAGUUUCAGAUUUCCUGUCAAUCGCGGCAACAGUUUGGAAUUUGUGUAGAGGUUUCCAAGGGGACAGCUUUGCAGCUGGGGUAGGCCCGAUGGUCGUGGACAAAACUCCUUUGUUGGCGGUGCCAUUUAUUCUUUCCAGAAGAGUAACUCUAUCAGCACGCUAUUUUGAAGGAAAUGUAAGUUUUGCCUACGGACCUACUUCACCAGGCAGCGUUCUCUGGUUAUUCACCACGUCCUGCGACAGGAACCUUCCCAGGCUGGGGACGGGGGUGGGCACUCGGGCAGGACCUCUCCCGCCAGAGCAAUCAGGAGUCUACAGCGGCUGCAUCCCAGCCCGGCCCCUGCACAGCCCAGCAGAUGCCUUUUCCAGGAGCAGGAGGCCUGCCCGUCUCCACCGCGGCUCACAUAAAGGUCACGGCAACACCUCAGUGUUAAACUAUGGCCUUCCUCUUUUUUUUCUAAAUUAAGUUCUUUAAAUAAUUUCAGAUCGUGGCAUAGUUUUAAAGAGGGUAAUUCUAUUGUUCUUGUUGUCAUUACUGUCUUAUUAUUAUCCCCACGAAGGGCUGGGUUGAUACUGUGAAAUAAACGAAAAAUAAAUAAACUAACAUUUUCAUGCCCCCACACACACCCGGUGCAGCGUCACAGAAAGCCUCUCGGUGACCCCCAAGCCACAGCGGGAUAGCGUGUCAUUCGUGAAGAUGAGGGAGCUUCACGCCCAGGGAAUUGUUGGCCUCACAUGCACCCUCUUGCUCAUCUUUUGUGAAAUAAUUCACUUAUGUCCUUCCAGAAAAGCCCAACUUGACAGCAUACAAGUAUUACCAGGUAUUUCUAUUAGUUGCCAUGGAAGAAAUUUUCGAGAUGGGAUCAUCAGAUCAUAAUUCUUAGGGACCAAAAGUGUUUUUAAUAAGAUAAUCUUUGUAUUUGAUUUUUUUAACAAGAAAGGAAAUAUUAACUUUAAACUUUAGCAUCAACUUUUAAAUUAUAGAGAUUCAGCAUUAAUUGACCAUGGCUAUAAGUUGUAAAAUGUUUUCAUAUUAAGAAUGUAAUUAUUUCCUUAUUGUAUUUUUUAAAAACUAAAGUCAUAUUUAAAUUCUCUUUGAAAGGAACAGGCAAGAAACAGGAAAGAUUUUUUAAUUAAAUAUGUUGGCAGUGUCCAUUUU